AUGUCGACUACACAUCCGACGAACGUAACCACUGAGUGGGACGACAUACAGAGGAAGCACGGCAACCUGCCGAAGCUGGAAAAGGAGAAGACGAACGAGGAGCUGGACUCUGCGUUCGUGGAGAAGGCCGAGGAGGAGCUGCUGCGCGAGUCUCGGCUGAAGCAGUGGAAGAAGAAGUUGGCCGCGAGCAGGGCGCCGAGCUACGGAACCCCAGUGAACAUAACGGCGAACAACUUCGUAGAGCAGGUGACGAGCGCGUCGAAGCUGAGCAGAGCCGACGGUGACUCCGAGGACGAGGGCGACUCGAAGUUUGCGGACCUGUCGGAGAAGACGGGCUACUACGUGCCGGUGCUCCUCCUGGACGACAGCAAGGAGAGCGGCCUGCUGAGGCGGGCUUGGAGCAUGCUGGCGAGGAGGUACCCCCAGGUCAAGUUCACCGUGGGAUCGGCUACCAACGUGCUCAAGGUGGAAGGCAGCAGGGCAAGUCCCCCGUCCUCAAUACUCCUGUACUUCUCAGGAAACUGCCUGCUGCAGAAGAACGUGUCCUCGCUCUUCAAGUUCAGCAGUUUUGAGGUGUCCGAGGGUACGGUGGAGGAGCGGCUGGCAGCCGCACUCGAGAGCCUGCUGAACGGAGUGCAGGGCCACUUGCCUCUCAUAAGGCAGAGGAAGUGCGCCUCUUCAGACUCAGGCUCGGACUCGGAUUCCGACUCAGAGUCAGACUUCUUGAAGUCGUCCGGGAAGGACCUGAAGAACGACUUUUUAAACAAGCUGACGAAGCCCAGCCUGAGCAGGUCUGAGAACUCAAAGGCGUACUCUUCGUGGAUACUGGACAAGGCUCUAAAUUAG